UAUCCUCUUUUCCGAAACACCCUAUGGAGAAAAAGGACGAUCAUUUGUUUUUCAACAAUGGAAUUUAGUCACCACAUGAGCUGCUUCAUGCCUCCAAACCAACCCUAAUCUCUAUCUCCACCGCCACAAUUGAUUUCUCUAUCAGCAGCUAUAAGAUGAACAACCGUAUGUACUCAACUCGAUCAUCCAGCAAACAGCAUCAUGAAGACGCUCUUAUAUUUCUCAAUUUCCUUAAUUUUAUACUCACAGUUUUCAUUCACACAAUCAGCAAAGCUAGAUACGCAAGAAGUGAAGGUACUGAAACAAAUUUGGGGAAAGUUGGGGCUAGAGGACAAGAAUGAAUGGGACUUUGACAAGGAUCCGUGCAGUCCAGGAAGAUGGCAACUCUUUGUUGUCUGCGAUUGCUCUUUUGAAAGUAAUACCACCUGUCGUGUUACUCAAAUAUCUAUAUCAUCCCAGAAUAUCUCGACUUCCCUUCCAACGGAGUUUACCAAGCUACAGCACCUUCAGAUAUUGGAUCUUAGAUUUAAUUAUCUUAGGGGAACUAUACCAUCUGAAUGGGCUACUAUGCGUUUGAGCAACCUCUCACUCAUGGGAAACCGAUUGUCUGGGCGGUUUCCAACAACUCUCACUAGAAUGACCACACUUCUAGAAUUGGACAUAGAAGCAAAUCGUUUUUCAGGACCCAUACCCAAAGAGAUUGCAAACUUGAAGAAUUUGGACAUGCUGUACGAAAUUAUUUAUAUACCUUAACAAAUAACAAUCCGACAAGAGAAAUUAAUAGAUCAACAUUGCGAAUUUUCAUAAAUACAUAUUCACGUAAAACUUUGUAUUCCCAGUGAUCUAUCUUCAAAUGAUUUCACUGGACAUCUGCCUGCUGCACUUGCAAAACUUACCAACUUGACUAAUUUGUGAGUGUAAAUGUUGUAAAUUUGGAUGAUAAUCCAUAAAGAGAGGUGAUAUGUAGAGCUUAUUUUCUA